AUGUCAAGUUCUCACCAUCUUUCAGAUAGCAGAAGAGUCGGCAAGCCACCGGCGCCGGAGAAGUCCAACUUUGUGCACACAUGCAACCUUUUGAGUCGGUAUAUUAAGAAGAAAGGGAGUCUCAGAAAUUUGAAUAUUGAAAUUGGUGGAAUGGUGGAGAGCCUCGAAUCCAUAAUGAGGCCCGGAUCAUCGCAACUUACACCCAUUAAUAUAGAAGAUGCUUUGAGUGAAUCAGUUACAAGCAAAGAUGCAAUAAUGGAGCCUGACAAUGCUCCAUUGACAAUGUUUUAUGCGGGUAGAGUUCUUGUAUUUGAUGAUUAUCCGGCUGAAAAAGCCAGGGAACUGGUGCAGUUGGCUAGCAACAUAAACUCCAAUAUGGCUACUGGCAAAGAAAAAGUCAUUCCUGACGUUGGUGUGGCCUCUAGCUCUGCUGCACAAGAAUGGCGUCCACCACCACCCCAAGCUAACGGUUCUGUUGAGGCUGGUGGCAUUUUGUCGAAUACCUUUAAUGAGAAAAUUAAUACUGGUGGUUCUAGCUCUGGCGCACAAGAAUGGCUUUUGCGACAGCCUCGUUCUAUUGGUUCUCGCAAGGCUAAUGACAUAUUUUCGAACCUUGUCAAAGAAAAAGUGGUUGAUGGUGCUGCGGCAUCUAGCUCCGGUGCACGAGAAUGGGUUGCACCGGAACCUGAAGCUAAUGGUUCUCGCAAGGCUAGUGGCCUUUUCUCGUACCCCAUCAUGGAGAAAACGAAUACAGGCGGUGCAGUGAUGUCUACCCCUGGUGUGCAAGAAUGGCUUCCACCACUGUGGGAAACGAAUAGUUCUUGCAAGGAUAGUGGUGUUCUGUCAGAACCUGUAAAAGUGAAAUUGAAUCCUGGUGGUGCUGUGGCAUCUGACUCUGGUGUGCGAGAUUGGCUCUCUCCACAGCCUGAAGAAAAAAGUUCUCGCUUGGCCGUUGGCACAUUGUCGAACUCUGUGGAAGAGAAAACAAACCCUGGUGGUGUUAUGGCCUCAUUAUCUAAAGCACAGAGCAUGAUUCCACCACAAACCGAAGCUAAUGGUUCUGAUUUGCCAAUUGCAAGGAGAUCAUCACUUCAUCGAUUCCUGGAGAAGAGGAAAGAUAGAGCUGUUGCCAGGGGGCCUUAUCAAAUUCAAGAACAGCCAGCAUCUUCUUCCAAGAGUGAUGAACAGCUUGAGCUCAAAUUAUAG